GCUGUGUGAUGGAAGCUGCGUGUUGACCAUUUACAAGCCCUCACAAUACGACUUCCUCAGCCUCCACUCUUUACUUUUUCCCAUCAAAAUUCAAAUUCCCACCUCACAGUUUCCCAUUUCUCUCUUCAUCUCUCCCAACUCCACCACACCCAUGGAUGAUUUCAAAUCAAAAUCAUACAACUACAGUGAUCGAGACAUGCAACUAGAGAGAUACAAUGGUGGAUUUGGCUCAAAAAUGCCCGAUUUCGAACACCACCCACCCCGCGAUUUCAGAUCUUACAGCGUUUCAUAUGCCUCUUCCUACAAAAUCCCACAAACGAACAUGGAUAUCGUUGUUUCAGGCGCUGGAAAUGAUUUCAAGCUGAAGAAAGGGAAAUCCACAAAUGGAUCCGCUACAAAAUCAUGGAGUUUUAGUGAUCCUGAGUUUCAGAGGAAGAAGAGGGUUGCAGGAUAUAAAGUCUACUCUGUUGAAGGAAAACUCAAAGGGUCCUUUAGGAAGAGCUUCAGAUGGCUUAAAGAUAAGUAUACCCAUGUUGUUUAUGGGUAAUGUUUCUUCUUCCCUUCUUUGUUAACUUGAGAUACAUCUCCAUGAAUACUGGUUCCUAUCAUGUGAAUUUUAUCAGUUUUCAUGUAUAUAUAUGUGUAUGGAUGAAUAUACUGGGUUCUUUGUUUUAUUGCUUUGUAUGAAUGAAAAGGGGUUAGGCAUGUAUUAAUGUUCUUGAAUCUUUCAAUGAUUUUGUUCAGUUGAUGACGUCAA